ACUACUAAUCAGACUACUGCUCUGUAAACAUUACAAAAUACAGAAAAUUAUACUAAUAGAAGGAAUUGUGUUUAUCAUUUCGCAUACAUUUUUGUGGACGGCUGUUUGAAGUGAACUUACCUUUAUCGCCAGUGCUGUAGGUGGCAGUCAUUUAGUCUGAUAGUGAAAGUCUGUACUCACUCACAUGUCUACCUCAAACUAAAGAAGUAGGCUACGUCCGUGAACACACAAUACCGUACUAAGCCGUAUUAGUACUAUUUAGUAGGGUAGUGUGCGUUUUUGGUUCUAGUCAUAAGUCAGACCGUGUGGUGUUUUUUCCCCUCCUUUCUGAAGUUGGUUGGUUUGCUUUACAUUUGCUAACAGACGAGGAACUUGUCGCUGUCAUCAAAACAAGCCCCUUUUUCAACAAAAUGCCAGUUUGCACACUAUCUGUAAUAUACUCACAUUUUUCUGAGCACUGAACGGAAAGAUGACCCUCGAAAGAGAUCAACGAUCAGUGCAGAAAACUCUUAAAAUCACCUGCUGAGAAGAAACAAAAGUUCCUCUUCUGUACUCUGACUAUUUGGACGACAGAUCUCAUUCCUGAUGGUGAUUGAUGGCACGUGAUGGUACAAUGGAGCUUGGAGUAUUUGGCUGACACGUGCAUGGCAUAUCAAUGUCUGAAGGACAGGAGGAGGAAGUCUAUAGAGAGGUUCCCCGUUUCCUGGUAGGUUUUGAGGACCAUGUGUGUGAAGAACUGGAGUGUGGAAACAUGAACGUUUCAGAACCUUAUGAUGAAGAGGAGGAGGAUGACGAUCUGGCUUCAGAGCGUCAGAUUGUGGUAGGAAUCUGCUCCAUGAUGAAGAAGUCCAACUCCAAGGCUAUGACCCAGAUCAUGGAGCGCCUUUGUAAGUUUGAGUACAUCACUGUGGUCAUCUUCCUUGAGGACGUCAUACUCCAUGAACCAGUGGAGAAUUGGCCUCUGUGUGACUGCCUCAUCUCCUUUCACUCCAAAGGAUUUCCCCUGGACAAAGCAGUGAGUUAUGCCAAAUUAAGGAACCCUCUUCUCAUCAAUGAUCUCAACAUGCAGUAUUUCAUUCAGGACAGGAGAGAGGUUUACCGCAUUCUAAAGGAGGAGGGCAUUGACCUGCCACGUUAUGCUGUAUUGAACCGGGACCCUGACAGACCAGAAGAAUGUAACCUGGUAGAAGGAGAGGACCAUGUCGAGGUGAAUGGGGAAGUGUUUCAUAAGCCUUUUGUGGAGAAGCCUGUCUCUGCAGAGGACCACAACGUGUAUAUCUAUUAUCCGACUUCAGCCGGGGGAGGCAGCCAGCGGCUUUUCAGGAAGAUUGGGAGCCGCAGCAGUGUUUAUUCCCCUGAGAGCACUGUUCGUAAGACUGGGUCUUACAUUUAUGAGGAGUUCAUGCCUACAGAUGGUACAGAUGUGAAGGUGUACACAGUAGGACCUGACUAUGCCCAUGCAGAAGCUCGUAAGUCCCCUGCCUUGGAUGGGAAGGUGGAGAGAGACAGCGAGGGGAAGGAAAUUCGAUACCCAGUAAUGCUAACUGCCAUGGAGAAACUUGUGGCUCGCAAAGUGUGUAUGGCAUUCAAGCAAACCGUAUGCGGUUUUGACCUCCUCCGAGCAAAUGGCCACUCCUUUGUUUGUGAUGUAAAUGGAUUUAGCUUUGUAAAGAACUCCAUGAAAUACUAUGAUGACUGUGCCAAAGUCCUGGGGAACAUGGUGAUGCGGGAACUGGCUCCUCAAUUCCACAUCCCCUGGUCCAUCCCCAUGGAAGCAGAGGACAUCCCUAUAGUCCCUACUACCUCAGGAACCAUGAUGGAGCUCCGUUGUGUGAUCGCUGUGAUCCGCCAUGGAGAUCGCACACCCAAACAAAAGAUGAAGAUGGAAGUGAGGAAUGCUUUGUUCUUUGAUCUGUUUGAAGAAUAUGGUGGUUACAAGACAGGCAAACUCAAACUAAAGACACCAAAACAGCUCCAGGAGGUGCUGGACAUUGCCCGUCAGCUGCUAGCUGAAUUGGGGCAGCACAAUGACUGUGAGAUUGAGGAGAAGAAAUCUAAACUGGAACAGCUAAAGACUGUGCUGGAGAUGGAAUCCAGCCUGAAUGAUAAUCAGUACGGCCAUUUCUCUGGGAUAAAUCGCAAAGUGCAGCUGACCUACCUGCCUAAUGGCCAGCCUAAAGCAUCAAGUGAGGAAGAAGACUCUCAGAAGGAAAGUCCUUCUUUGCUGUUGGUGCUAAAAUGGGGAGGUGAGCUGACUCCGGCCGGUCGUGUGCAGGCUGAGGAGCUGGGGAGAGCUUUCCGCUGCAUGUACCCUGGAGGACAAGGAGACUAUGCUGGUUUCCCUGGCUGUGGCCUACUGCGUUUACACAGCACCUACCGCCAUGACCUUAAGAUCUAUGCUUCAGACGAGGGCCGGGUACAGAUGACCGCUGCUGCUUUCGCAAAGGGGCUGUUGGCUCUGGAGGGUGAGUUGACCCCUAUCCUGGUGCAGAUGGUUAAGAGUGCUAACAUGAAUGGCCUGCUGGACAGCGACAGCGACUCGCUUACAGACUGCCAACAGCGUGUCAAAGCUCGGCUCCAUGAGAUCAUGCAGAAAGACCAAGACUUCACUGGGGAGGACUACCAAAAACUUGCCCCAACUGAAAGCCCUUCUCUGGUCAACUCCAUGAAGAUCAUAGAAAAUCCUGUCAAAACAUGUGACAAGGUUUUUGCUCUCAUUCAGAGCCUCACACGUCAGAUACGCAAGCGGCUAGAGGACCCCAAAUCUGCAGAUCUACAGCUGUACCACAGUGAGACUCUGGAGCUCAUGCUCCAGCGCUGGUCCAAGCUGGAGAGGGACUUCCGCAUGAAGAAUGGCCGCUAUGACAUCAGCAAAAUUCCCGACAUCUAUGACUGUGUGAAGUAUGACACACAGCACAACAGCUCUCUGGGCCUGGAAAACACGCUGGAGCUCUUCCGGCUGUCUCGUGCGCUCGCUGACAUCAUCAUUCCUCAGGAGUAUGGGAUAAGUAAAUUGGAGAAGCUGGACAUUGCUAGUGCCUACUGCCUGCCCCUGGUUAAGAAAAUCCAGCUGGACCUGCAGAGGACACAUGAGGAUGAGGCUGUCAACAAACUGCAUCCACUGUAUUCGCGGGGUGUGAUGUCUCCGGGUCGGCAUGUGCGGACCCGGCUUUAUUUCACCAGCGAGAGUCAUGUCCAUUCCCUGCUCAGCAUCUUCCGAUAUGGAGGCCUUCUUAAUGAGGAGAAGGAUGAGCAGUGGAAGCAGGCCAUGGACUACCUCAGUGCUGUAACUGAACUCAACUACAUGACUCAGAUAGUCAUUAUGCUGUAUGAAGACAACAAUAAGGAUCCAUCUUCAGAGGAACGUUUCCAUGUAGAGCUUCACUUCAGUCCCGGGGUCAAGAGCUGUCGUGAUGAGGAGAAUGCACCAAUGGGCUUUGGGUUCCGCCCUGCCUCUUCUGAGAACCAGGAGAAGCAGGAAAACCUGGGCAGUCUGGAGGAUUUGUCUCAGGACGAACCUGAUCGAGCCAUUCUUGCUGAGCACCUCAACGUGCACAAAAAGUCCCCACUGAUUCGUAACCGAAAAACUGGUUCCAUGGAGGUCCUCUCAGAGACCACAAACUCCUCUUGUGGUGCAGCUUAUCGUCUCUUUCCUUCAUGUUCCCGCCAAGCCUGUGAGGUCAAAUCUGGUGGCCUUGGCUCCUUGUUCACUGGCCUCUUCAGUUCCUCCUUCCGGGGGGUGUCCUCCAGUGCCCCUAACCUUCGAGAGCUGGCCCGAACCCAGCGCAAAAAAGCCACGUCCCCUCAGAGUCGAGUCAGUAGAGAGGAGUUGCUCUCAUUGCCGGCUGUAAAGAGGUUUUCUGUGUCAUAUGCCAGGCAUCCAACUAAUGGAUUUGAAGGCUGCUCUAUGGUUCCAUCUAUAUACCCCCUGGAGACCCUGCACAACUCUCUGUCACUGAAACAGGUGGAUGAAUUCCUCAACAAAGUGUGUGAAAGCCGGAGAGAGACACUCACCAAGACUCUGAAAACUCUGAGAGCAAUGUUUGACUCUCAAAUUCAACCUUCCACAGAGCCUGAGAGUCAGGAGCUGGCUAGAUCUUCUUUUUCUUUUCCACUGCCCUAACAGCUAGCCCACUCUCUAUAGUAUGCCAGCACUCUAUCCAUCACUGUCUCCAGUUUAUGACCAUCAGCUCAGUCAGUGUCAGGACCUCAGCGCCUCAGCGUCUAGUAAACCUCCAGACCGCACACUGUGCAGCUACACUGAUCCUCAUAUUGCUUAUUUAUUCUGAUCUGAGAUCAGCUUUAUACUUUGCUUUGGAGUACAACAGGUGGCUGGUGCUAAUCUGAGGACACCAUUUUGAGGUGUAGCUUCUGCCAUAUACCACCACCGAGACUCCACUUGCUCAUCUACUAUCUUUUGCACUUACUGUAUUUUGUCCAGUUAUGCAGCUGUCUAGUUAUGCAGAGCUCCAGAAAAUCAGCAGAACACUGAAUCCAGCAAUUAGUUGCACUUUUAUACCUCUGUGAUCUGCAGGAGUGAUAUUUAAUUAUAGCUUGUACUGAGCUGUGUGAUGAUAAGAAUACACACUAGUAAUUGUCUGUUCUCUCAGCUGAUUGCAGUUGCCACGUCUUCUUAUAGCCAAGCAAUUUCAUUGGACAACGUAAUGUCACUCAGUGUCAGGCAAUGCCUAAGAGAUGCAGGUAGACCAAUCAGAUAACAGUGGUGUGUUCACUGGUGAUGUUAACUCCUCUAGCAUGCACAUACAGCUGAGUCACUGUGCCAAUGAACACAUGAAAUGAAUGAAAAAUGAAAGUAAUUAUCCUGCAGCCAGAUGAUCAAGCACAUGUUUUUUAAUGACUGAUUUUGUGUUGUAAGAUGUGUCAUUUUAUUAUUGGAGAUCUUUUUUUGUUUGUUUUUGUUUUUUAGCAUGAAUUUCAUAAUGUAACUUGUUAUAAUGAGAGGAAGACUUGAAUGAAAUCGAAUUAUUUGUAUGACGUGAUGUAUAAUAAUGAUAAUAUUUGAAAAUGUAUUUUGUCAACAGUAGUGCCUUAUUUUAAGUAUUAUAAGUGUUUGUUUUUUCACUCAACUUCUCAGCCAGUACUGAUUUUUACCUCUACAUACUCUGGUAGUGUCCUGCUUAAGAAUGUUUAUGAUCUGCUGUCUCUGACUAGGAGGUUUUUUAUUCUAAAUCUUUGAACUAUUUAAUUUUAGAGAUUUCAAUAUUAAUAAAAUUGUGUAUAACUU